AAAGGACACCCGCUUUAGAAUAGUCAAAAUUGAAGACAGUGGGCUGUAUUCUCAUCAACAUCGCAUCUCGACCAGCUCAUGACAAUCAACAAAAAACAGGCACAGCUACUAAGGCAUUCCGUUGGCCAAGCCCGGCCGUCCUAUCAUCAGGCUGCAUCGUCCAUAGCAUCACCAGUUCCCUACAGUCGCUCCCCACAUAAGGCAGCGACUGUGCCCCUGAGCAUCUUUCGCCCUGUGGAACUCGUCUCCGAGUUGCUAACCAACCAUGCCCAUAUCUGGAAGCUGGCUGGACUCUUGUUUUUAGGAGAGUUCCUACUUAACGUUGUCAUUAUCAAGAAGGUCCCCUAUACCGAGAUUGACUGGACCGCAUACAUGCAGCAAGUUGCGGCUUAUCUCAAGGGUGAAACGGACUACAUGAAGCUGCGAGGCGACACAGGACCAUUGGUAUACCCCGCAGGAUUCGUCUACAUCUUCUCUAUACUGUAUCAUCUCACGGAUUUUGGCAAGAACAUUCUCAAGGGCCAAUGGAUCUUCAUGGGGAUUUAUCUGCUCACUCUCUUGAUCGUGUUUGCGAUUUACGCCAAGGAUAAAACUAUUCCGCCCUAUGUUCUGAUAUUCGUGUGCUUGUCAAGACGAUUGCAUUCGAUCUACGUUCUUCGGUUGUUCAAUGACCCGGUGGCGAUGCUGUUCCUUUACGCGUCAGUGCUUUCGUUUCUUUACAAGAAAUGGACUCUUAGCAGCGCACUAUUCAGUCUUGCUAUCUCAAUCAAAAUGAACAUCCUACUGUUCUUUCCAGCUUUCGGGUUCUUGAUUUGGGAGACCCAGGGAGUGCUGGGAACCAUUAUCCAGUUGACAACCAUGAUCCUUAUUCAGGUACUGUUGUCGCUACCCUUUACGCUUCAUCAUCCCGAGAGCUACCUGCGCAAGGCCUUCGAGUUCUCUCGCGUUUUUCAGUACAAAUGGACAGUCAAUUGGAAGCUCUUUGACGAAAAGACGUUUUUGAGUGAGGAAUUAGCUAAAUUUCUGCUCGUCGGCCAUUUGCUUGUGCUCUUCGCCUUUGUGUUCUUCCGUUGGAGCAGGCCAGAAGGCGGGAUAGUUCCGGUGGUGUUACGAGGAUUGACAGCUUCGAAAACUGCCCUCUCGAUUCACGCACAGCAUAUGAAGGCGAGCCAUGUGCUGACAUUACUAUUUACCAGCAACUUUAUCGGUAUCAUCUUUGCACGGUCACUGCAUUACCAGUUUUAUGCGUGGUACUAUAUGACACUGCCUUAUCUCCUAUGGCGGACGCAGCUACCGGUCGUUGUGCGUUUGCUUUUGUUGGCAGCGAUUGAGUGGUCAUGGAAUGUAUUUCCGGCGACAGUUCAGAGUUCCGGAGUUCUCAUUGCGAGCCAUGUUCUGAUUCUGACGGGACUUUGGGUCGGAAGGAGAGGCAAGUGAAGGUUACA